UAAUCGCCGUCUUUCUCUCCCGCAGCUUCAGCAAGCUGCAAGCACAGCUAUCUGCCGCACUCCGACGACAUACGAAGCCGAAAUAUUAUUUCGGUCUCAGCCUCGGACCAGGACCUGCCCACCUACCACCUACCUGCCUUACCUACCUUACCUUGCAUUUCUGUGACUGCUUGCCGCCUGCCGGCCCAGGCUGCCUCAUCGCAGCCUCGUCACGGAUUACAGCACCUUCGGGCCGGUUGCGGCAGCCCUACCUGCCCAACGCGCCACUCAGCGCGCACCGACCCGACCCGAACCCCCCCUCCACGCACCACCCCGGCCUCCGCUUCUUUCCAGCCGCAGCCGCUCCUCCUACCAAAGGUAGGUAGGCACCUAGAUAGGAGACUUGUCAGAGACCACGAGGUGCUUGGCGUGGUAGCUACAGAAGAUGGCCGGUACCGGUCCCACAAAGGAAGAGAUCCAACGCCUGAUACGCGCUGUCCAGAUCCCUUCCCUCCAGAAAGCCGCCCUGCAGUCGAUCUGCUCCGUGAAUGGUUUGGCGAAGACCGGAAACAAGAGCGACCUCCAGAAGCGCAUUAUCAACUUGAUAAACACCUGCGCCGGAGACGUUCAGCGGUUCCAUGAGGUCCGCGAAAGUCUUUACAGCCAGUCGCGCCUCUUGGUACCCCAGCUGACGUCCCCGAUGCCGCCCCAAAAGACGCCGUUCUUUCCGACACCCUCCGCCCUCCCAGCUUCUCCUCACUACCCUCUCUCGGCGUACAACACGGCCCUGGGGAAUGGCCUUGGGCCUUCCCCUCCGCAGCCGCGUUCUCAGGCUCCCGCCUCCCGUCCGCCGAACCAAUUUUCAACUUUCCAAUACAAGCCAAGUCCAUUCUACGAUGUGUUAUCUAGAAUUGGGGACAUCAAGACGUGUGAGGUGAUGUCUCAGCAUCGGAAUACGACGACCAUAACGAUGAAGCCGCAGGACCACCCCUAUGCGGUUCAGCAGCUCACCGCAAACCCCACAAUGCGGGCCAUGUUAUUCUGCAGCGCCGGCAACACGGGCAUUCAAGACAUCACUUUCCCUCACCAGUCGGAACUCAAAGUUAAUGGAGGCGAUAUCAAGGCAAAUCUGCGAGGCCUGAAGAACAAGCCCGGGUCUACGAGACCGGUUGACAUCACGGACUCGCUACGCCUAAAACCCGCUUCGUAUAUCAAUAACAUCGAGUUCACGUACGCCCUGACGAACAAGAAAUUUUACCUUGUCGUCUUUCUCUGCAGGGCGAAACCUGUUGAGCACCUUGUUGGCAAGAUCACGCUAAAGAUUCGAAAAGAAUCAGUCGUCACAGAGAUUGCCAAGAAGGCGAGCGAUCCGGAUGUUGUGGCUACGGCGCAAAACCUGAGUCUCAAGUGUCCCCUCUCGUACAUGAGACUCAAACUUCCAUGCCGCGCUCUCAGCUGCAGUCACAUCCAGUGCUUUGAUGCGACAUCAUACCUGCAGUUACAAGAACAGGGGCCGCAGUGGAUAUGUCCCAUCUGCAACAAUUCGGCCCCAUUUGACCAAUUGGCAGUUGACGAAUAUGUUCGUGAGAUCCUAGUCAAGACUCCUGAAACAGUGGAGCAAGUCACCAUAGAACCAGACGGGAAAUGGUCAGUUCCAGGCGCAAAGAAUGAGACAGCGUCGGCAGCGAAUGAGGCGAGCCUCCUUGACGACGACGAUUUGACUGUGUCGGAGAUAUUUGGGGGGCCAAAUCGCACGAGCACAGCAACGCCAAACCGAGGUGCAGCCCCCGCCUCAGCUCUUGGGACACCUACAAACGGUGUUUCCAGUACGCCGUCAAUAUCCAGAUCGGGAAGCAAGCGCCCAGCUCCCGAGGUUAUUGAUUUGACCCUAUCUGAUGACGAUGAGCCGCCAGCGCGCCCAGUGAAGCGUCCCAACUAUGGACACAGUGUCUUUGGGGACCGGUACUAGUCUGGUCUGGCCGCGGCGCGCUCACGUCGUUGGGGUUU